AUGGAUGAAUUCCAGCCACUUCUGGCUCUCCUUGGAGGCAUCUGCUGUUCCAUUUUCCUGCUAAAGUGCAUUUGGUUUUUAAAAUAUUUUCUUCCUUACAUAUGGAAUUUUUUGCCUUCAUCUUAUUUUUGUUCAAUGGGAGAAUGGGCAGUGAUCACUGGAGCAGGAGAUGGAAUUGGAAGAGCCUACUCCUUGGAGCUUGCAAAGCAUGGGUUGAACGUGGUUCUCAUAAGUCGGUCACUCAAAAACAUGGAGAAGGUAGCCUUGGAAAUUGAACAAACGACUAAGAGAACUGUGAAAAUCAUACAAGCUGACUUCACAAAUAAUGACAUCUAUGAAAACAUUGAAGAAAAUCUUCAAGGAUUAGAAAUUGGAAUUUUGGUUAACAAUGUUGGAAUGCUACCUAAUCGUUUUCCAUGCCAUUUUCUUAAUAUUCCAGACAAAGAUGAGGACCUCAUUAAUUGCAAUAUCAUGUCUGUCACUAAGAUGACGCGAAUCAUUUUGAAACAAAUGGUGGCAAGAAGAAAAGGUCUAAUUCUUAACCUUUCAUCAGCCAUUGGCACCUUUCCUUGUCCUUUAUAUGCAAUCUAUUCUGCAUCUAAGGCUUUUGUAUAUACAUUUUCCAAAGCACUUCAAGUGGAAUAUAAGUCAAAAGGAAUUGUGAUACAGGCAGUGACUCCCUUUGCGGUUUCUACUCCAAUGAUCAUGCAUAAGCAACCCAAUGUGAUCACCAAAACAGCAGAAGAGUUUGCACGAGAGUCACUGAGAUAUGUUACAUUUGGUGAUGAAACAUUUGGAUGUUUAGCCCAUGAAAUCUUGGCACGAUUUGUACAGUGUAUUCCAUUUUGGUUGCUCCAGAGCAACAAAGUACAAGAAACUGUGAUAGGUCUUUUGACAGAGCAUUCCAAAAGAUAACAUCUUAUCCGCCUCGGUGAGCCUGCUUGAGAAUCUGGCAUGAAUUAUAGCAGGAGUCAACUUGAUUAAUUGCAAGAUUUUGAAACAUGCAUGAAAAGAGUCCUUCAGUAUCUUUUUUUUAAAAUCAUGUAUUCAUUUUGCUUUGUUUAUCCAUUUUUAUUGCUUCCAUUACUUGCUGAUGCAUAUUUUUAAGCACUGUUAUUUCCAUCAUGAUUUAUACUGUUGAUUUUAUUUUCACAAUGGCUUUAGUGGGAAAUAAUUGUAUAGAACUAUUUUAGGAAAGAGUUCAGUGUAUUAGAUAUGAACAAGACAAAUGGGGAUAUGAAUAUUUAGUAUGUAUCCCAUCUGCAAAUAAAAGCAGACUAUCAUAUAAUUUUAGUUAAUUAUUUUAUUUUGUUUGU